UCCAUUUCGUCCUCCUCCCUUCGCUUUCUCUAGUCCCCUCAGGAUGCCGCUGCCCCCUCCCGCGGGAAGCCUGGUGAAGAGCCUCUGAGUGUCCGUUACCUCUGGGCUCGGGGAGCACCUGGGGAGCCGGGUGUCUCUAGAUUAUUGCUGAUAUGGCUCUUCCACCUCCAGAUCCACAAUUUGUUCUACGGGGUACUAGUGCUGAAGUCCAUACUCUACAUUUUUAUUGUGGAGGCCAAGAACACAAUUACCCCAUUCUAUUCUCUGGGUCUUCCAAUGGGCUGAUCCAUGUCUGGAACCUGAAGACACGCAGGGUGGAUACAAUUCUAGAUGGUCAUGGAGGAAAAUCUGUGCACUGGGUGGAAGCAAUCUAUGGCAGAGACGGGCUCCUCAGCCAGGGUCGUAACCAAACGAUCUGCCUCUGGGACUUGGCAGAAGGAAGGAACACAGUGACAGAUUCUGUUUGACUGGAACGUGGGAUUCUGCAAAGUUCACUGCUGAAGGUGGCACAGGAUAUUGGCUAAUGGCUAUGCCAGGAAAGACUAGAUGAGGUUCAGGUAUUGGAGCUGCCAUCCAAGACAUCAGUUUGUACCUUGAAGCCAGAGGCGGAUGCCAAACCAGGCAUGGUCAUGUGUCUGAAGCUAUGGCAGCCUGACUUUGGUUCAUGUCCUUUUCUUCUGGCUGGCUACGAGGAUGGAUCAGUGAUUCUGUGGAAUUUAUCAGGGGGGAAAAUAUUAAGCCGACUUGCUUGCCACCAGGAGCCAGUGAUGAGCCUUGACUUUGACUCUGAAAAGACGAAGGGGGUCUCAGGCUCAUCUGAGGAGGUGCUUACCGUCUGGAGCCUCGAUGAGCAGCAGAACUUAAAGGUUCAGAAAACACACAAACUCAUCAAUGCUGGGAUUGCUGAUGUUGCCAUCCGCCAGGACAAGAAGAUCCUAGCAACAGCAGGGUGGGAUCAUCGUAUCAGGAUCUUUGGCUGGAAGAAACUGAAGCCCUUGGCAAUACUGGACUACCACACAGCAACUGUCCACUGUGUAUCCUUCUCAAAUCACAGUAGGCCAAGUGAAAGACUGCUGGCAGCUGGCUCCAAAGACCACCGCAUUAGUAUCUGGUCAAUCUAUAAUCAAACCUCGGGUCCUCUGCACUGUCCUUUGGAAACUAGAAAGCCAGACUGAUGAACCAGAAAUUGUUGUGUGAUUAAAAUCUGGCGAUGGGGAAGUAUUAAACCAUCUGCAGUUUGAGUGCAAGUCCCCAGAAGGACCUGUUCACUACAGAAAAUGUUUUGUUGUAGAAGAGAAGCCAACGCUAGGAAGGGAAGAACGGAUAAUUAUGCAGUUAAGGCAAAGGCCUAGCAGAGUUGGAUUCUGUUGCAUCCUCUGCCACAUGCUUCUUUUGGCAAAUUGUUUUGAUUCUUUGUGCCAGUUUCCUCAUCUGUAAAAUGGGGAGAGGUGCUGUCACUCAGUCAUGGUGUAGUCUAGAGUACACUGGUUUCCAAAUCAUAUUGAGAUCCUUAAUGUACGUAAGUGCAAAGAAUCAGUUUUAUGUGAACUUGAACCCAUUAAACCAUCCAUAGAAGUUUCUCAUGUCAGUUACUUUUUCUUCCCCAUAACUGAAAAGCUAUCAGACCAACCUUGAUUUGUUCACACUUCUGUCAGUUUCUAGCUUAAGCGAACAGCCAGGAAUGUGACUAGGGAUACCCUUUGGCAUUUAUGAAUUUUAUUAUGUCCCCUGUCACCUCAAGCCUUGCAAUUAAUCAUAGAAAGAAAAAGGAAUCUUUCCAUGCACUGCAUUGUAAAGCUAUGUAAAGCCUUUUUCAGAGCCAGUGCUAAAUCCUUUCCAUAGACUGACUAGCAGAAGGAUUUAAACUGAGCAAUCCAAUUAGCGCCCUUCUCCUUGGAGAUUUGGGGGUAAAUUUCCAGUAUGGUGAGGCAGGGAUUUGGCUACACAUCUCCCAUUAACAUUAAUGGGAAUAGCAUGGAUAAAACCUUCUGCACUAUCCUGAAAAUAUACCCUUUAGUUUGUCAUCUCAAUGGUCGUGGAAGCUGAAAUCCAUUCCAGAAGUUGAUUGUUUUUGCUUGAGUCAAGGCACAAUGCUAGCAUUCUCUUUUUCAAAUAUAUUUGAGCAGUACAGUCUGUUCGCAGGCCAGGCGAUCUCACCACUUAAUUAAGGUUUGCCAGUAAGGUGCACUUAUAUCUACACCAUAAAAGCAAUUAACAAUGUGACUUUAAAUACAGAGUAAUUUAGAAAUGCUAGGGGGUACUUAGCAUCAGAAAAAAAGUCUGUUCUGCAAAGGGGGAUUUUGGGGAGACCAGUGCUGUUCUGUGGUGUUUUAUUGAAAAGGCUUGUCCCUACCAAUUUAUGGGGCUGGACAUUAAAGGGGAACUGGUCAGAAAUGGACAGCAGCAUCAAAAGACGUCAGAACUACAUUUCAAUAACCAAACUCGUAUAAUGCUGAUGCGAAAGCUAAACAUCAAACCAGGGCCUUCUGUGCACCUGUACCGUACAUGCAGGGAUGAUCUUGUUGAAAAAGUGCUUUCUAACUCUGUACAAGAAAUGUUCCUUAAGUGCCAAGCCCCAGUGUUCUUUCCAUUACAGAACAUAAAACAUACUGCAACAAAGCUUUUACUAAUAAAACUCUGCAAUGUUUAAAGCAGUGUCACACACUGAAA